AGACUCACUAUACAAACACUCCCCAACAUUCCACAAAUUCCCCACCAACGAUUAAUUCGCUUGGAAGACUGAUUCAACAUGUCCAAAAUCACAGUCGGUUUGUCAGCCUUCUCGUCACAAUUAAGUUAUUGAUCAAAGUCGCUAAAUUGCCACAUUUUGCAGCCGGAGUGCGUGGAAACGUAAAGGAGCUAUUGGAAUACUCCACAAAUGAGAAGAAGAGGAACUUCCUCGAGACCGUUGAGCUCCAAAUUGGACUCAAGAACUAUGACCCCAUGCGUGACAAGCGUUUCUCCGGAACUGUCAAGUUGCCUCAGAUUCCCCGACCAAACAUGUCCAUCUGGUGAAGAUCCAAUUCCUCCAUUGAUUGUCCCUUGAAUUAUUAUUUUUAUGGCGAAAACAACGAAAGGGGGGAAAAAAAAAGAAGGUUAAGAGCAACAAACUGAUUCUUGGUGAAUGGCGAUUUAGUAUCCUUGGAGACCAGCACGACAUCGAUCGUGCGAAGCACCACAACUUCGAGUCCAUGUCUGUCGACGACCUGAAGAAGCUUAACAAGAACAAGAAGCUCAUCAAGAAGCUCGCCCGCAAGUAUGACGCCUUCGUCGCCUCCGAGCAGCUCAUCAAGCAGAUCCCUCGUCUCCUCGGCCCCGGUUUGUCCAAGGCUGGAAAGUUCCCCACUCCUAUAUCCCACGCCGAAGAUUUGGCCCAGAAGGUCAACGACGUCAAGUGCACCAUCAAGUUCCAACUCAAGAAGGUUCUCUGCUUGGGUGUUGCCGUUGGAAAUGUCGGCAUGACUGAGGACCACUUGAUCGGAAAUAUCAUGCUUGCUAUCAACUACUUAGUUUCGCUGUUAAAGAAGGGCUGGCAGAACGUUGGGUCCUUGACUAUCGUAUGUAGCUCUGUUACUGGGCGGUUCUGGUAGUGGGUUGCUAAUUCUUCUACAGAAAGCCUCGAUGUCACCUCCCAAGCGUUUGUACUAAACGCUUUUUCCUUCUAUGUUCGCAGACUUAUGGAUGAAAAAUAAGGAUUGGGGUUUCAAUUUCUUUUAUUCGGAAUUCAUGUAGCUGUUGCGAUAGGGACAAAAAGGUUUAUGCAAAUAUUUCGUGAUACCCUGGAAGUUGGUACCACCAUGAGAUCUGCCUAGCUACCGCAUACUCGUAAAAUGGCUCCCCUCUUUCCUGAGCUCUAGAGUCUUUGCCCGGGAAUGAACGGGGAGACGGUCCCCGGGGGUCGUUGAAUCAAGAUUUGAGCCUUCUAUGCAGUUUACGUAGUGAUGCCAGGGUCCCGGUGAGGUGGUAUGGUGAGGCGGGGUCGGGGGAGCGGUUGUGAAGCAUGGCACAAAGGGACAAUUAAACACUUGAAUCAGAACCUCUACCGACCCCGUAGGUUGAGCCAUUAAUUUUUUUUUAAGUACAGUACCAUAUCACUGGUCACAGCAUA